AGCUAUUGCAGUCCAGUGGUUUCACAACUCAGACUUUCUUAACAUGGGGCGUUAUGGAGAGAUAAUAUCUACCGUGUUUGUAAGGAGUUUUGCUUUUCUGUUCUGGGCUGCGGCUGUUGCCAUCCUGUAUGCAGUGUUUUUCCUCUUGUCAGCAUACAGACACUACAAACUUUUUUUCCAUGACUUCCACAUUCUCCUACCGUGUGGUUUCGUUAUAGCUGGAGCAGGCAUCCUACUGAUCAAUGGUUGUCUGGGCUGUAAAAUUUCACACAAAGAUUCUCGCUGCAAGCAAGGAUGUUUUAUGUAUUUCAUCAUUGUCCUGCUGUGCUUGGAGGCCACUGGAGUUGUACUGGCGCAUAUUAACAUCAACAGAAUGGAUUAUGAGCUGCAACCAAUGAAGAGAGCAUUUAAGCAUUAUAAUGACAGUAAAGUUGAAGCUGACACGACUGUCAACAACAUUCAGAAAGAGCUGAAGUGCUGUGGCCUAUAUAAUUACACUGACUGGAAAGCUACAGAUUGGUACAAGCAAUCUGGGAGUUACAGAGUACCUGAGACAUGCUGUGAUUUAGGAUUUCCCGCCUGCACUGGAAACAUCACAGAAUCUUAUAAACUAUAUCAUGAGGGAUGCUCUUUAAAGCUACACAAGAGGCUAAACUUCUAUUUGACCUGGCUCUUUUGGGCCUGUAUUGCAUUAAUUGGUGUGGAGAUUCUGGCAGCUAUUUGUGAUGGAGUUCUGAUGGUCCGAAAUCCAUUCCGGGAUUUUCGAAUACUGGAUUCAGGAGCAUUUGCCUAAUGUUUAAAAUGUGAUUGGUUGAGUCGUUUGUGUGUUUAAAGAAUUCAGAUUGUCAUUCUGUAACACACUGCUCUGAAGUCAUAGACUUUUUUUCACUUUAAAGGGAUACUAACGAAAGUAAAUCAUAUGCAGUCUUUUGUGCCUUAAAGGAACACUAUAGUCACCUAAAUUACUUAAGCUAAAUAAAGCAGUUUUAGUGUAUAGAUCAUUCCCCUGCAAUUUCACUGCUCAAUUUACUGUCAUUUAGGAGUUAAAUCACUUUGUUUCUGUUUAUGCAGCCCUAGCCACAC